UCUUAUAGGUUCAUAUUCCGUGAUGUUGUAAAAAAGAUAGCGGACAAGCCAAACAUGUUGUGCGUCUUUCAGUAAUUUUGGUUAACUUUGCAAACAGCGAGGGUAUAGAACUAAAAGGCAAGAGCAGAGCCAACGAGGCCUGCAGUCGUUGCUAUGUUGCUGCAUUUCUAUGUGCCACCACGCGCAUGACGAACGAAAGUGAAAAUAGGAAGUCAAGAGAUGGCCAAAGAGCCAUGAGACCGGCAACAACGGCGUCUGGGCCCCUCAGACUUUGAGUCAGACAUUGGCCAAGUUGGCCAGAUAUUGCGCGGCAGUUUCCUCCAGCGAAUGCGAACGCGAAUGCCAGUUGCCAGUUGCUGUUUGCCAUUGCAGUCGCAGGUUGCAGGUUGCGAUUCCAGCUGCAGCCCCAGUUCCAGUUGCCUUAACUUGCCACACUUGCUGGUUUCUUGGCCAAUUUCUAAUGGCCAAAACCGCCGGAGAUGGCUGCGUAAUAUCAACGGGGGUUGCCGAGAGGGGCAAUGUUUGCUUUGCCGGCUCGUUAUCCUCGUGUUAAUUUAUGGCCUCGCUCUUGGUCAGAUUUCCCACCACUUUUGCUGCUUAUUUAUGAACUUUUUCCCAAAUGUAUUUCAGCUUGCUGUUGGUUUGCUGCGUUUACCGGGCUUUCUUAAUUUAUUCAUUCACCUUGCCAGCUUGGUGCCGCUUGUCAAUUUGACGCCCGAACGUGAACAAUUUUAUGGUUCGAUUUUUUUUAUUUCGCUAACCGUUAUUUUUUGAUUUGAAGCAAAGAAGUGAACUGCAAAAUCCAAGCAAACUUGUUCCCGUUUAUAGUUGGAGUCUAUCAACAUGUCCGCCAGCUCCUCAGCCUGCGAUUGUUUGGUGGGCGUGCCCACUGGGCCCACCCUAGCCUCCACAUGUGGUGGUAGUGCCUUCAUGCUGUUCAUGGGACUCCUGGAGGUCUUUAUCCGCUCUCAGUGUGAUCUGGAGGAUCCCUGCGGAAGGGCCAGCACUCGGUUUCGAUCGGAGCCGGACUACGAGUACGAUUUCAUUGUCAUUGGCGGCGGCUCAGCGGGCUCAGUGGUGGCCUCUCGACUGUCCGAGGUGCCCCAAUGGAAGGUGCUUUUGAUUGAAGCCGGUGGCGAUGAACCUGUGGGAGCCCAGAUUCCAUCAAUGUUCCUCAACUUCAUUGGCAGCGACAUAGACUACCGCUACAACACGGAACCGGAGCGAAUGGCCUGUCUGUCAUCGAUGGAGCAGCGCUGCUACUGGCCGCGUGGAAAGGUUCUUGGCGGAACCUCGGUAAUGAACGGAAUGAUGUAUAUCCGCGGCAACCGUGAGGACUAUGAUGAUUGGGCAGCACAAGGAAAUCCUGGUUGGGCCUACAACGACGUGCUUCCGUUCUUCAAAAAGUCAGAAGACAAUCUGGAACUGGAUGAUGUGGGCACGGAAUAUCACGCCAAGGGCGGCCUGUUGCCAGUGGGCAAGUUCCCAUACAACCCACCUCUAUCCUACGCCAUUCUGAAGGCUGGCGAGGAGUUGGGUUUCUCCGUGCAGGAUCUAAAUGGUCAGAACUCCACUGGUUUUAUGAUUGCCCAGAUGACUGCCCGAAAUGGCAUCAGAUAUAGCUCAGCUAGGGCUUUCCUGCGACCGGCUCGCAUGCGCAACAACCUCCAUAUCCUUCUUAACACCACGGCCACCAAGAUACUAAUCCAUCCACACACGAAGAAUGUUCUGGGGGUGGAAGUCAGUGACCAAUUCGGCAGCAUGCGUAAAAUUCUGGUGAAGAAGGAGGUGGUUUUAAGUGCCGGCGCUGUGAACUCUCCUCAGAUCCUGCUACUAAGUGGAGUGGGUCCCAAGGACGAACUACAGCAGGUGAAUGUGAGGUCCGUGCACAAUCUUCCAGGUGUGGGAAAGAAUCUGCACAAUCACGUGGCUUAUUUCACCAACUUCUUUAUUGACGAUGCGGACACGGCGCCACUUAACUGGGCCACGGCUAUGGAGUACUUGCUUUUCCGGGAUGGUCUCAUGUCCGGCACUGGCAUUUCGGAUGUGACCGGAAAACUGGCCACUCGCUGGGCCGACAGGCCCGACCUUCCCGAUCUCCAGUUGUACUUUGGCGGCUACCUGGCCAGUUGUGCCCGCACAGGACAGGUGGGCGAGUUGCUCUCGAAUAACUCGCGGUCCAUCCAGAUCUUCCCAGCAGUUUUGAACCCUCGAUCGCGAGGAUUUAUUGGCUUGCGAUCUGCUGAUCCUCUAGAGCCGCCGCGUAUCGUGGCCAAUUACCUAACAGACGAGCGGGAUGUGAAGACACUGGUGGAGGGCAUUAAGUUUGCCAUCCGACUGUCGCAAACGUCGCCGAUGAAGCAGUACGGCAUGCGGCUAGACAAGACUGUGGUCAAGGGAUGCGAGGCCCCCGCCUUCGGUAGCGAUGCCUACUGGGAGUGCGCCGUGAGGCAGAAUACGGGUCCGGAGAACCACCAGGCUGGCUCCUGCAAAAUGGGUCCCAGCCACGACCCCAUGGCGGUGGUCAACCACGAGUUGCGGGUCCACGGAAUUCGCGGACUCCGAGUCAUGGACACCAGCAUAAUGCCCAAGGUCACCGCAGGAAACACCCAUGCUCCUGCCGUGAUGAUCGCCGAAAAGGGCGCCUAUCUGCUGAAGAGGGCCUGGGGCGCCAAGGUCUGACGCGUGGAUGCGACGUGGACGUUGCAUAGAGUAAUUUAAUCAGAAUCCAAGCAAAAAUUACUGCGAGUAAAAUUGUAAGCAAAAUUACACUUAUGGCCCCUUAGAUCCAAAACUCAACUAUUUUACCCUAUUCUAAUCUAAUUUAAUCCGAUCCUAUUCGAAGGUUUCUCACUCUAGGCACACCGCGUUGCGCAAUCUCCAUCAAAGUUAUCUAUAAGUUAACAGGCUCCCUUAAAACUAACAACUGUGACCCACUGAAUAUACCGUCAAUCUUCUUCAACCGCUUGAGUUAAAGAGACAUAAAACUUAUCUAGUAGGUUUACUGAAACCCAAAGUUUUAAGUUUUCCAAUAUUGUGUUUGUUUGCAAAACAUUAAUGACAGCUUGAGUUUAAGAAGUUUGACUAUGUAGAUUUUGAUUAAUGUUCAAUUUGUAAUGAGCUUUAUGCUGACCAAUCACUACACUUAAACUAUCGUUUUCGACCUACUGAACUACAUUUAACGUAUAUAAUUCGUGUGACUUAUUGACAAUGUAAAGCUCGUUAAUCGUUUACUUUGCAAUUGGACGGAUGAUUGAUGUCCUAUAUUUCUGUAUACACGUAUAUUGCAUGUAUUUAUUGUUCGA